GCGGCAGCAGCAGCAGCAGCGGUCAGCGGCAGCGCGCAGCUCCUCCCGCAGCGGGGUGUGGCGGUACUCCGGACCCGGCCUGCGAGGAAGCUGUGAGCCCUGAACACCAAAUGCCUGUUGAAUGAAGCUUUUUGAUGCAAGGAACCCAACUGGUUUUAGAAGAAGUCAGAUUUGGUUAUGACUCCACCUGGUACUGCAGUAUUUGCCUUACCACGGCACCUUCUGCACCUUUGCAGGCUGGCUACUUGAACGUGGCAGACUUCUGGGUCUUCUCGUCCCAUGCCUCUCCCUGUAAGUGACAAGGCUACAUUAAUCUGUAUUCCCUGCGAUCUCAGAGCCGGACUGUUUGGGAUCUGCAAAUGGCAGGGGAAAAGAUAUCACUUGGAGUGUCUCUGAUAAAGUUUGAGAAGUUCUAGCAGUCCUGAUACAAGGAAGUGACUUCAGCCUGAAAGCAAACUGGUUGCUUAUUUGCUGGCCAUAGAGGGGAAGAAACUAAUGUAAAUGCAGAUGACCAUGCAGAAUGCAGUUCAGGUGUGGUUUGGAGAUGACCUUCCCUUAAGUCCCCGAAGUCCUCUGACUCCCAGACAUGGGCCCGGUUUGGCAGAUGUGUGCCUGUAUGACCAAUGGAUAUCUGUGCGGCACGAAGCAACUUUGGUGCCUAUGCAAGAAGAUCUGUCAAUCUGGCUGUCUGGCUUGCUGGGAAUAGAAGUUAAAGCAGAACAACUGUUAGAAGAACUUGAUAAUGGGGUACUACUCUGCCAAUUGGUUGGUGUUCUUCAAAACACAAUUAAAAAAUGUUGUAGCUCAAAUAAUUUAAGGAAUUUUCCUAUGAGAAAAGUUCCGUGUAAGAAGGAUGCUCCAGCAGGAUCUUUUUUUGCCAGAGAUAAUACAGCCAACUUUCUUAACUGGUGUAGGGCCAUUGGAGUUGAUGAGACUUAUCUCUUUGAAUCUGAAGGUUUAGUUUUGCACAAGGAUCCAAGACAAGUGUAUCUUUGUCUGUUGGAAAUUGGACGCAUUGUAUCCAGGUAUGGAGUUGAACCUCCUGUACUAGUAAAACUGGAGAAGGAAAUUGAGCUAGAAGAAACGCUGCUGAUGACCUCUGGACCACCAUCACCUAUUAGCACAGCUAAGUCAUGUUGUCACCAUGGGGAGCUACAUGAGGCAGUUAAACAUAUAGCAGAAGAUCCUCCCUGUAGUUGUUCACAUCGAUUUUCAAUUGAAUACUUAUCGGAGGGACGUUAUAGACUUGGAGAUAAAAUACUCUUCAUACGAAUGCUACACGGCAAGCAUGUGAUGGUACGUGUUGGUGGAGGCUGGGACACUCUUCAAGGUUUUCUGCUUAAAUAUGAUCCGUGCCGAGUGCUUCAGUUUGCAACUCUGGAACAAAAAAUCCUGGCGUUUCACAAAGGGGUCACCAGUGACAGUGCCCCCAACUCGUCAGCUAGAAUUCAGGAGCCUCCUGUCAUGAAUCCAAUGUCAGCUGUCAAUAUGUUUCAAAAGCAGCCAUCAAAACCCCCUACUCCUGCUUCAGCUCUCGGGGCCAGUGCCAAGAAGGCUUUAUCUAAACGUCCUCGGUCCCCUCCCCUGGCAUCACCAAAAGUGCCGAUGCCCCCAUCCUCCACAGCCAAGUCAUUGACAGUCAGGUCCAAAUUACAAGGGUCUUCAGUGACAGGCAUGCAGUCUCCUUUCAAACCAUUAGCUGGCACCUCAAAGAAACUGGAGGCUCCUGCACACAACUCGCCAGCUUCUGCUCCCUCGCAGCCUGUAACCAAAAGCUCUUCAUCUGCAAGAACGAGAACGGCUCUUGUUCACUCCGAAACAUUGCGCAAACGUAUUCGAUCCCCCGAUGCUCCCAAGGUGAAAUUUGCCCUGGCUCAGAGCUCCUCGGCACCAGCGCUGAAUCCUGCUCUCUCAUCCUCUAAAAAACAGCCAUCUCACUUGCCUGGGACAGCUGAAACAAUAGCUUCAAAACAGAAGCAUAUCCCUGCUAAGUGCAAACCUGUACCUGUCACUAAAACCAAAGCGAAUUCGGUUGCUCCAAGGGCUGCUCGGCUGCCUGUUACAAAUCUGUGUUCUGUUGCCAAGUUUGCACAUUCUCAGCAGCUCCUUGCAAAACCUCCAUCUGAAAAUGCUAUUCAGACCUCAGGAACUGGGUCUCAGCGUUCUCAGAAAGGUCCACAAACAGCUUCUGACCUGGCAGGGAACCUGAAAGGUGCUUCAGUCCUAAAGCACUCAGCUUCUGCACCUUCCCUUGCAGUUAGCAAAGCAUCAAAGUCACCACCUACAUUGGUAUCUACAAGCAAAAACAUAUCAUCAGCUGUCAAUAAGCAGCCAAAUGUCAGUAAACCCCUUCAGGUGGGAUCCACUUCAUCCAAACCUCCUGAACGCACUCCCUUAUCUGUUGUACGGCUUCCUCAAACUUCAGCCAAAGCGGCAGUGACCAAAAAGCCAGCGCAGCCUUCUGCAAAAGGUCAGCCUUCAACCAAAAACUUGCAAGCAAAUGAAGGCUUGGCCCCAGCAACCAAGAAGCCUCUCCCUAAGGGAAAAUCAGCAACGGCAUGUAACAAAGGAACGCCUGGUGUAUCAAAAGGUCCUCUUAUGAAGAGCAAGCAAGAUGAUCACUAUUUUGUUAUGACAGGGAGUAAAAAACCCAGAAAGUAAACUUACUUGUUACUUUCUGUGGAAAUCUUAAUUUUAUUCACAUGGGCCUCUAGUAUCUGCUACACUGAGGACAAGAAAAAAGUUACAUAACACUACAUUUACCAUGAAAUAUUAGGUAUAACCUACACUUUUCUGCAUAACUUAUAGUAAGAAUGGUAUUUAUUUUGCAGUUUAGAAACUUCUAUUUGAAUAUAUUUAGAAGUGAGCUUGCUUGCUGCGUAGCACCGUGGAAUAGAGAAUAUCCCUGUUUGCUGCUAGCCUGCCCUGCUGCGGGGAAGGCAGGAGAAAGGAAAGGGGAGCUGGGGCUGCUGCUUUUGCUGCCGCUCAUUUUCAAAAGAGUGAAGCCUGCCCAAGAAAUGUCUACUCAGGGCAGGGCCUGAGCAAUUCUGGUGGUUCUGGCAAAUCUGCAUCGAGGCUCGUGACAAGUGAGAGAGUUGUGCACAAGCUGUAAAAGUUCUAAUACCUCACAAAGCUAUGGGGUUUUUCUAGUUCACCAGUGUCCCAGAACCCAAAUUUGGGUUGCCUGCAUGUAUUGUAAAGAGAAAGACAUCUCUAGUCAUGUUUAGAUUUGACAGCUGCUAUUAUCAGUGUUCACUGUGCCCCCCAUGUGCCUUAAAGUGGCUUCAGCUCGCUUGGAAGUGGAGCCUUCUUGGUUCGUGUUAAGUUGGACAUGGAAAAUCAUGGCCUUGAUCGCACGCUGUCGUUGUGCCUUAGCCUCUCAAAUUGGUGACAGAUCUCUCCAGUGAGCAAUGCUACUUUUAAAACCCUGGGCAGAAAACCUUGCUUAGUUCAUGUUCACGUCUGCCUAUAAGUGAGCCCAGUCUUUGCUAGAAAGCUCUUGCAGCAUGGAGAGAAGCACCUGAGUUGCUGAGAGGGCACUUUUCCUAGGGAUGGAGCCCCAAAGCAGCUCCUGCUCCAGCGACGCAGAGCUGCAAGUACUGACCUGCACCGGCAGAGCCUUACUGCGCUGCAGGAGUGGCCUUUGCAUGUAAAACUCAAUUGCUAAAUGCUUCUCAGUGCUAAAGGUUAAUUUUUGUGGGCAGUCUUAAUAUGCAGUAGUCUUUUUUGUUUUAUUUAUGGAGACCACCUUAGUGACUCUCCUGUAUUACUCUCUAGAGGUAAGGAGUAGUUUCCCAAAGAGGUAAUGAGGGACUACAUUUGCCUUUAAACAUCUGAAAGUGCCAAAAAGCUAUGCACUGUUUAUGUUCUCAACUCCUGAAGGCUUGCAGUAGGUUAAAUGUCUGUGGUGCUCAACACCUUUACCCUUGACAGAAGUGAGUCUCAUGGUAGAUGAAUAAAAACUACUGUCUUUGGGGGUGGCCUUGUGUGAGAUAUUUUGGGUCUAAUGAACAGUCGUUCCUACAAACACUGAGGAGCUCUCAGGUUCUGCGAAGAGACGCUGCUGACUUCCACAGACCAUCACUUCUGCUCUCCACUCCCAGGAUCUUUACUUAUCCCAGGAGAAGAGAUGCAUGAAAACUGCAGCUUCUGAUGUUGUAUAUUUAAUAUUAUUUUUUUCCCCUGGAGCUAGAGUAAGCAAGCAUUAUAAGCUAAUAAUGAGUUCUCAUGCAUGGUGGCAAAGUCAUUGAGCUGCCUUUCUGGGCACCUUGUUAGGUUUUUUAUUUAUUAUUCUAUUUAUGCAUAUCUACUGUACAAUACUGCUUACAACCUGCUGGGAGUAAUCAGUAAAUAACAAUAUCCAAACUGUAGGAGGAAAACAGGUCAAUUUUAACAACAUGGACACAAGUCCCACAAGCUCACACACAAAGUUGUGUGUUUGGGAAAGGCCUUACUGCUUACUUGUUUUAUAAAUACACUGGUCAAAGCCACUACUGCAAAUGUUAAUAGUAGUGACUGUAGUGGACUGCUUUCAGGUUUGAUAAAUUUGGCAACUGUUUCAUAUGCAUUUUACAGUAGAUGACAUGCUUUUGAUUUUGGGCUUCCAGAUGGUGAGCUAUGAUGUGAUAUAUCUCAUGCAGAUUAAUAGCUGAAUUCUUGGGGUUUCUUUCUGUACUGGGUCUGGCUGAGAUGGAGUUAACUUCAUUCACAGCAUUCCAUAUGGUGCUGCAUUUCAGAUUUGUGACUAAACCCUUGUUGAUAACAGACCAGUGUUUCGGCUGUUGCUGAGUAGUGCUUGCACAGAGUCAAGGCCUUCUCUUUUUCCCACUCUGCCCCCACAACAAGUAGUCUGGGGGUGGGCAAGAGUUUGGGAGGGAAGUGGCUGGGACAUCUGACCUGAACUGGCCAAAGGGCUAUUCCAUAGCAGAUAAUGUCAUGCUCAGCAAUAAAAACGGGGUAGAGGAAGAAGGUGGGUGGCAGUGGUUUGGCUUCCAGGGUGGCUGUUGUUUGCAGACUGGGUGGACAUCGGUCUGUCUGUGGGAGGUAGUGAGUGAUUGCCUUUGCAUCACUCGGUGGUUUGGUUUUUCCUCUUUCCUUCACUUUUGAAACUGCCUUUAUCUCAACCUGUGAGUUUUCUUGAUUUUUGUUCUUCUUCUCUCCCUGUCCUGCUGGGAUGGAGGGGAGAGAGAGUGAGCAGCUGUGCGGGUGCUCGGCUGCUGGCUGGGGUCAACCCACAACACUUUUUUGAACCUUUUACAAGUAUAGUAGGAAUUUAAUCACUGAGACUCUUGGAUCUCAGUAUAAUGCGAUGUCAGCAUCUGCCUUUUUGAACUACAGCUUCAGAAAUAAGAAAUGAGGUGGAUGGCUUCAUCUUUGUGAUCCUUUAUCUCACGUAAUAGACUGAAUUUUGUGGUUCAAAAUGAAAUAAAAAGCAUAAGCUGGGAAACUGGCACUGAAAAAGGCAAAAGAAUUCCUUUUACAGUUGAGACCUUAAUCAGCUAAUCUAAAUAUGGUUCACCUGUUGCAUAUGGGUAGGCUUGGUUUGGUUUAAUUAGAAAAAAUAGUGUAUUUGAGCAUGGUCCAACCUCUGUGAAUAUUGUUCCAACUUUAUAGUCAUAUUCUAACUAUGGGUGUCAUGUAACACGAGGUGAGCCAAGAAUUAAAAUGUAACCAUGUUUACAUGCAAUGUUUACAUUGCCAAAUAGCAAGUCUAAUAUUCAGCUUGUAUUACUUUUUGUGAGGGGAAGAUAACUUGGAGCAAGAAUCUGACUUAAUUCUCUGUGUUAUUGAUGUCCUUCUGUAUAAGUACUUAUUUUAAAUAAACAUACACUGCA